GGGCCGGGGUGGGGGCGCGGAUGGCCGCGGGGCCGCGCGAUGCUGCGCUGGCUCAUGGCCGUGCUCAGCCACUCCUGCUUUGUCCGCAGGGGCGGCUCCAUGUUCUACGCGGUGCGCACGGGCCGGCGGACCGGCGUCUACCGCACCUGGGCGGAGUGCCAGGAGCAGGUGAACAAGUUCCCCUCCGCUAGCUUCAAGAAAUUCGCCAGCGAGAAGGAUGCCUGGAGCUUCGUGCGUGCCGGCCUCCCGGAGCCGCAGCAGCAGGCCGAGCCGGCAGAGGCCUUUGGUCCUCCAACCCUAACACAAGAAACAGGUAGCCAGAGAGAGGACCCCGAAUUAAAUACCUUGUAUUACAGUACAUAUAAAAGGCCAUAUGAACCAUAUGGACAGUCUACAAAUGAAGAGCAGAUUGCAAAGCGUGUAAAACAUGAUGAAGUACGCUCAGUGUGCUCAACACCUACAGUCAGUGAAGAUAAGUUUUCAUACAUGGGUGACUUUGCAGUUGUUUAUACAGAUGGUUGUUGCACUGGUAAUGGACAUAACAGGGCACGUGCUGGAAUAGGUGUCUACUGGGGACCAGGCCACCCUUUAAACACCAGUGAAAGACUUCCUGGACGGCAGACUAAUCAAAGAGCAGAAAUCCAUGCAGCCUGCAAAGCAAUAGAGCAAGCCAAGAGUCAAAACAUCAAGAAGUUAAUAAUCUACACUGAUAGCAAGUUUACUAUUAAGGGUAUUACAGGCUGGGUUGACAACUGGAAAACAAAUGGCUGGAGAACAAGUUCUGGAGGAAGUGUAAUAAAUAAAGAAGAUUUUGAAAGACUUGAUAAUCUAGCAAAAGACAUGGAAAUUCAGUGGAUGCAUAUUCCUGGUCAUGCUGGCUUCCAAGGAAAUGAAGAAGCUGAUAGACUAGCACGAGAAGGAGCUCGUAAACAGAAGUGCUGAUGUCCUGCGACUAGAAACUGUUGCACUGGGAGGAGAAGGCCUAACAUGACAGCAACAACUUGAACCACUAAAAUUGUUUGGAGUUGAACUUUGAGCUGUGCUUCUUUCUGGCCUGAAACAAUAUAAGCCAACUUCUGGGAAGGAAAACUCGACAUUUGCUUCUGUUGUAUUUGUUUUACAAUAUUUAGUUGAUGAUACUCAGUAUGUUUUUUAUCCAUCUCUUGGAAGGGCUGUUAGCUGUCUUGUGUACUUAUGAAUUCAGCUUAAAGACAGGCUUCUGAAGAAGUAAUUUUAAAUUGAAGUGUUCUGUAUUUUCCUCUUAGUGAAAUAAACUAUUUUUUUUGUACAGAGGUAUAUAUUGCAGCCCAAAAUACCUGGGACCGACUUAGGGUUUGGUUGAUUUGGUAGGUCACCUAAGAGAGAUGUCCAUUGAUCCACUCUGGCAUUCUGGUACUGGUAGUAACUGCUCCACAGAUGAGCUUGUCACCCUGACCUGUGUGUGCCUCACAGUGUCAGCUACAGCACCAGUAGCUUUCUUUUAUCCUGUUAUUUUGCAAGGUAUCAGGAACAAAGAAAAGCCAGGUCACAAGAAAACUUGAACAUCUAAUUUUUACUGUUCUUUUUACCUGAAUCAUGUCCAAGCACUUAGUCUCUGGCUUCCUGUUUCCAUUAAGUAGUUUUGGGUUUUUUUUUUUUUUUUUUAAUGCAUACUGGUUCUUGUCAGGAUUGUUAAUUCUCUUCACUGUUGUCCCAAACGGUAAUUGGUAAUUGACCAUUUUAUCUGAAAUGGGACUGGAAGAUAAGUUUCUCCAUAGCUUCCAGUUCUCAAGUGUUUGACUUUAUUUUUUCAAGUCAAUUUUGAGAUUAAUGGAAUUGCUAAUGUGCACUUGAAUUGGAGAGUAAUUACUAGUAAUCAACAUGGGUUUAUUUUCUAUGCAAGUAUACAGGAAAAGCAAACAGGUUUGUUGGUUAUCUGCGUCAACUUCUCCAUAUGGUACCUUUGUACCACUGAAUAGUAGGGCUUAAUAUAGGAGAAAGUGAGAUUUUUUUAAAUUUGUUAAUUUCUACAGAGAUGGUUAGAGCUGCAGAAGUUUGUAACUUAAUAGUUUCAUAAAUUAUAAUAUCUUUCCUGAGGGAAAAUGUGAGGUUUUACAUAUUUAGUCACAUGAUUGUAGUAGUUGGAGGAAACUGGCUAUCCAGUAGUUAGUAGAUCAGUGAGUGUUUUUAUUUUUUCCUCUCAUCCAAAACUGUACAUUGAAGCUCAUCUCGGGGAAAGAAGGCCACUGAUUGGGCCCCCUCUGAUUCUUUGUAUACAUGCACGCAAUCAUUUGUUUACUUUAGAAGGUUGCAAAGAAAAGACCCACCACCCCGGCCAGAUUUCUAGUAACUUGCCUUUGUUACUCUGUUAAACAAGUAAAUCCUAUUAACUGUAUGGAAA